AGACCGCCGGUUUACAAAACUGUGACGUCACAACCUGCCGUCACAUCUUUGUCAGUGAACAAAAUGGCAACCUACUGUCUAACUGCCGCCCGGCUCCAGCUGGUGCUGGGUAAUGGUGCGCGGCGCCUGCAUAUAUCUGCAGCGUACAGAGCCAACGCCAAAGUGUCUAUGAGUCGCUUUGAGCCCACUUCCUUCAUCAACUACGAGCGGCUCCAAUCCAACAUUGACAUUGUGCGAUCGAGACUCAACCGGCCCCUCACCCUGUCAGAGAAGAUCGUGUACGGCCAUCUCGAUGACCCCAAGAAUCAGGAGAUCGACCGCGGGCGCACGUACCUGCGUCUGCGGCCCGACCGCGUGGCCAUGCAGGACGCCACGGCCCAGAUGGCCAUGCUGCAGUUCAUCAGCAGCGGCCUGCCCAGGGUGGCCGUGCCCUCCACCAUCCACUGCGACCACCUGAUCGAGGCCCAGACCGGAGGGGAGAAGGAUCUGGCCAGGGCAAAGGAAAUCAACGAGGAGGUCUACAACUUCCUGUCCAGCGCUGGAGCAAAGUACGGAGUCGGCUUCUGGAAACCAGGCUCUGGAAUCAUCCAUCAGAUCAUCCUGGAGAACUACGCCUACCCAGGAGUGAUGCUCAUCGGCACAGAUUCCCACACACCAAACGGCGGUGGACUCGGCUCCAUCUGCAUCGGAGUCGGAGGAGCAGACGCUGUCGACGUCAUGGCAGGAAUCGCCUGGGAGCUCAAGUGCCCUAAGGUGAUCGGUGUGAAGUUGACGGGUUCCCUCUCAGGCUGGACGUCUCCUAAAGACGUCAUCCUGAAGGUGGCCGGCAUCCUGACCGUGAAGGGAGGAACAGGAGCUAUCGUUGAAUACCACGGACCAGGAGUCGACUCCAUCUCCUGCACUGGAAUGGCCACCAUCUGCAACAUGGGAGCAGAGAUCGGAGCCACGACCUCAGUGUUCCCCUACAACCAUCGCAUGAAGACGUACCUGGAGAAGACCGGACGGGGAGAUAUCGCUGCCGUGGCCGAUCAAUACGCCGACCUGUUGGUUCCUGAUGAAGGCUGCGAGUACGACGAGCUCAUCGAGCUCAAUCUUGACGAGCUGAAGCCCCACAUCAACGGGCCCUUCACCCCCGACCUGGCUCACCCUGUGUCUGAAAUCGGAGCAGCGGCUGAGAAGUACGGCUGGCCCAUGGAGGUUAAAGUUGGUCUGAUUGGCAGCUGUACCAACUCCAGCUACGAAGACAUGGGCCGCGCCGCCUCUGUGGCCAAGCAGGCCUUGGAUAAAGGACUGAAGUGCAAAGCUAUUUUCACCGUCACCCCCGGCUCCGAGCAGAUCCGUGCCACCAUCGAAAGAGACGGAUAUUCAAAGAUCCUGGGAGAUGUUGGAGGUGUUGUCCUCGCCAACGCAUGCGGACCCUGCAUUGGACAGUGGGACAGGCAGGAUGUGAAAAAAGGAGAUAAGAACACGAUCGUCACGUCCUUCAACAGAAACUUCACCGCCAGGAACGAUGCUAACCCCGCAACUCACUGCUUUGUUACUUCCCCCGAGAUUGUCACUGCCAUGGCGAUCGCCGGCACAUUGAACUUUGACCCGGAGACGGAUUACCUCACGGCCGCCAACGGGGAGAAGUUCAUGCUGGACCCCCCCUACGGAGACGAGCUUCCUGCCAAGGACUUCGACCCGGGCCAGGACACCUACCAGCACCCCCCCCCCGACGGCAUCAGCCUGAAGGUGGACGUCAGCCCGAAGAGCAACCGGCUGCAGCUGCUCACACCCUUCGACAAGUGGAGCGGAGGAGACCUCGAGGACAUGAGGAUCCUCAUCAAGGUGAAGGGGAAAUGCACGACAGAUCACAUCAGCGCUGCCGGCCCGUGGCUGAAGUUUCGCGGUCACCUUGACAACAUCUCCAACAACAUGCUGAUCGGAGCCGUCAACAGCGAGAACGAAGCCAUCAACACGCUGAAGAACUACCUGACGGGGGAAUACGAUGGAGUCCCUGACGUGGCCCGCCACUACAAGGUGAGGGAGAUCGAGGGAAACUUAGUUAUUGGCCUAAAGCUGAUCUUUAACGAGACACUACUGAUCUCCUCAGUUAGCCUGACCUUUAGCAUUUUAAUAAUUAAAAAGUGGGAUUCACAAACUUCAAGUCAUUCUCCAACUUCUGCAUUUUAUUUAUGCUCUGAACAGAAUCGCGUCCGUCUCGUUUCUUUGACUUUUUUGUUUUGGUCCUUUUUUACUCAUUAUGGAAUAACGAUGUCGUUUUUUACUGUUUGA